ACAUUGAAUAUUGACCUCGUGGCACUUAGUAUACCAACUGUAUGUACGCCGGAGGGAUUAUUCUACUCUGGGCAACUGCAUUGGACCCCCUAGUAGCGAGAAUCGCUGCCCUAACUCCGCGGCCCGGGGUCACGCGACGUCCAUACGACGCUUUUAUCCGCAGACAAGCUGAACAGGCCGGUACUAACCCCGGCAGUUCGGAAUUUAUAGUUAAUUCGAGUGGUUGGGUUAGAAGUGAGUUUAUACGGCAUUUUGAGAAGCAUGGACACGUCUUCUGGAAAAGUUCACCGGUACUUCCGCACAACGAUCCGACUCUCUUGUUCGCCAAUGCUGGUAUGAACCAAUUCAAAGACAUUAUUACGGGUAAAGCUGAUCAAUCAACUGAAUAUGGACGAUUGCGACGUGUUUGCAAUAGUCAAAAGUGUAUCCGAGCAGGUGGUAAACACAACGAUCUAGAUGAUGUUGGUCGUGACAGCUACCAUCACACAUUUUUUGAAAUGCUGGGUAAUUGGAGCUUUGGUGAUUACUUCAAGAAAGAAGCUAUCGAUAUGGCAUGGGAACUAAUGACUGAAGUUUACAAACUAGACAAAUCUAGGCUAUAUGUCACAUACUUCGGAGGGGACCCUAAAUUGCCAAAUUGUGGCCCAGAUGAAGAAGCACGUGACCUGUGGCUACGCCACUUGCCGGCGUCCAGAAUAUUGCCAUUUGGUAUGAAGGAUAACUUCUGGGAGAUGGCUGAUACUGGGCCUUGUGGACCGUGUUCCGAAAUACACUACGACCAUAUUGGAGGUCGCGAUGCAGCCAGUUUAGUAAAUGCUGACGAUCCCAUGGUGGUUGAAUUGUGGAAUUUAGUGUUUAUGCAAUAUAACCGUAAAAGUGAUGGUAGCGUAGAGUUGCUCCCGAGGCCAUGCGUGGAUACUGGUAUGGGACUGGAGCGUGUCUGUGCAGUACUGAAAUCAAGUAACAGCAACUAUGAUGGUGACCUAUUUACCGAUAUUUUUGCAUACGUUAACAAGUUGAUGCCACACCUACCGCCGUAUGGUGGAUCUGAUUCAAUGAUAGAUGUUGCAUACCGUGUUGUAGCAGAUCAUGCAAGGUGUCUCACUGUCGCUAUUGCAGAUGGUGUGGAACCAUCGAACGACGGAAGAGGAUAUGUUCUUAGGCGUAUACUCAGAAGGGCAGUGCGGUACGGGAAGGAGCACUUGGGCUCAUCGGGGCCUUUCAUGUCCAAGCUGGUAGAUUGCGUUGUGGCAUCCCUUGGUGUAGCCUUCCCAGAAAUACAGAAUAAUAAUGACAAGAUCGCUGCCACCAUCCAUAACGAAGAAGUCUUGUUCCUGGAAACUCUGGAUAAAGGCUGCGAUCGAUUCCGCAAAAUGGUAGCAAAACUACAGGCAGGUACUGAAAAUAGCAAGGACCUAGUUGUCAGUGGUGCAGACGCCUUCCUGCUCUACAGUUCAUUUGGUUUCCCACCGGACUUGACCCAACUUAUGGCACGAGAAAUGGGUCUAGAUGUAGAUAUUGAUGGCUUCAAUGAGCAUUUUAAACGCCAUCAACAACUAUCCGAAAAGAAGCUCUGCAAGAGUGACGACCCAGUAGAGCAAGGAAUGGCCGAUCUAUUGUCUACGCUGUCCGCCGAUGUCCUGGCAACUAUUUCAAACUCUAUCGGUGGCCGAGUGACUGAUGACUCACUGAAGUACCACGGUUUUGCAGAAGCCUAUGAUGUAGACCUAGAGUACGACGUUGAGGUACUAGCCCAAUGGUCCCUGUCAGGAUUGAAUAAGCCACUUACCGAAGGAGAUGUGUUCGUCUUGGUAUUGGACAGGACACCGUUCUAUGCGGAAUCCGGAGGGCAAAUAUGGGAUGUAGGAACUUUAGGACCAUUCAACGUCAUGAAGGUACUCAAAAUGGCUGGAAUGGUGUUCCACUUUUGCGUCUACCACGAAGGUAACGCCAUGCCAGGUGCAAGGGUAAAAGCUAAAGUAGAUUAUAAACGACGUGUUAAGGUAGCCUGCAACCACACGGGAACCCAUUUGCUCAACUUUGUCCUUAGAGAAGUGUACGAUGAACAGUCGUACCAGAAAGGAUCGCAAUUAGAUGAGGAAAAGCUUAAGUUCGAUAUUGCAGCAAAUAAGCAGAUGCCUGAUGAAACAUUGCAGCGCAUUGAAGACCGAAUGCAAGAGAUUAUAGACGCUAACUGGAAAAUAGAAGUCAGGGAAAUAGAUUUCAAAGAUGCCGUAGAAAUACCUGGUAUUAGAGCCAACUUCACCGAUGUAUACCCAGAAGUGGUGAGAGUGGUUGCAAUGACCAAAGAUGGCCAACCGAUAGACGGCAAAGCAUACUCAGUGGAAAUAUGCGGAGGGACACAUGUGCCAUUUACUGGAGUACUCAAGAGCGCCAUCAUAGUGGGCGAGGAAAGUGUAUCAAAAGGUGUACGCCGCUUGACACUUGCCACAAACGAAAAGAGCGAGGAUUCAAAGGCUAUUCUGGCGUCCUACUGGCAGCAGUUGGAAACCUUGGAAUCCGAGCUAUAUAAAUUCAGUGAUGGAAUGGACACGGCUACCAUGGCACAGCAGGCCAACGAUAAUAUGAAGAGACUGACUGCACUACGAUUCCAGAUGCAAAGCGAGAAAUUACUACCACUGCUUGGGAGACGUGAUUUGAAGAACAAGUUUGACACCUUGAUUAACCAGCAGGUCGAAGCUGGAAAGGUACACCAGAAACGUCUUGGAGUUAUUGCUAAAAACAUGUCUACGGAAUAUGUCAAUAAGUUCAAGGCAGGCGACUUCGGUUCGGCAAAGGUGACCCUCGGAACAGUAGACAUGAUCAAGAUGGAUGCUAACGACCUAGAAGGUGACGUCAAAUCGGUAAAUCUGUUCGCACAGACACUAUCCAAAGCGUUACCGAAAAUGGCAAUUUUGAUCACAUCCAAGAAUCGUGAUUCCACGUGUGUAUCAUGCCGAUGUGUAGUGCCUGCAGGAACAGGCCUCGAUGCCAUCGCACUGGCAAAGGAAGCUGCAAUUAGUCUUGGGUACCAACAAGAUAUCGCGAGAGGGUCGGCUACCAAUGCAAGUUGGACCGUGGAAUCUGAAUAGACGUGCACAACAUAG